AUGGCCCCCCAGGAAUCCAAUAAAGAAAAGACUUUACCCGUAUCCAAGAGUGCGUCAAAUUCCGUUCAGGAGCCUUCUAUUGCCGAGUCAUCCACAGAAGAAUAUUCCGUUUUUACAAAAUCUCAAAAACGAUGGAUAACAUUCACAAUUGCUUUCGUGGCUUGGUUCUCCACGCUCAGCAGCUUCGUCUACUUCCCGGCUGUCAGCCUUAUCGCCUCCGAUCUACAUACCACCAUUGAAGGUGUUAACAUCACCAUCACAUCAUAUCUUAUUGCUUCAGCAAUAAUACCUUCUGUGAUAGGUCCGGUGGCAGACAUGACAGGAAGAAGACCAGUUUAUAUUGUGACUUUAUUUAUCUAUUUCAUGGCAAACAUCGGGAUUGCUUUACAGAAGUCACUUGCAAGCCUGAUCAUACUUCGCAUGGUCCAAAGUGCUGGGAUAUCCGGCUCUUUUGCUGUCAAUUACGGCAAACGUAAAUGA